UAUGAAGAAGGGAAGAAACGAAGAAAGCCCAACUACAGUAGUGUGGAUCUUUCUGAGGUCGAGUGGGAAGACAGAGAUGAUGUGCUUCGAAAUGCAAUGGUGAAUCGGAAAACAGGGAAAUUCUCCAUGGAAGUGAAGAAGACAGUGGACAAAGGGAAGCGGGUAUUGGUGAUGACAAAUGACUACUAUUAUACAGACAUCAAGGGUACUCCAUUCAGUUUAGGUGUGGCUCUCUCUAGAGGACAUGGAAAAUAUUUCUUUAGAGGGAAUGUAACUGUAGAAGAAGGUUUACAUGAUUUAGAACACCCUGAUGUAUCUUUAGCAGAUGAAUGGUCCUAUUGCAACACUGACUUACAUCCUGAACAUCGUCAAAUGACUCAGUUAGAAGCAAUUAAACGCUACCUCACAGGAAAAGAGCCAUUGCUCCAAUGUGAUAAAGAAUUGAUCCAGGAGGUUCUAUUUGAUGCAGUCGUGAGUGCACCAAUUGAGGCUUAUUGGACCAGUCUAGCAUUAAAUAAAUCAGAGAACUCUGACAAGGGAGUGGAAGUUGCCUUCCUUGGAACACGAACUGGACUAUCUCGUAUCAACCUGUUUGUGGGUCCGGAACAGCUUACUAAUCAAGAUUUCCUGACAGCUGAAGAUAAGGAGAACAUUUUUAACGCUGACCAUUUUCCACUCUGGUACAGAAGAGCUGCUGAGCAGAUACCUGGGAGCUUUGUCUAUUCAAUCCCGUUUAGUACAGAAACUGCAAACAAAAGCAACGUAGUGACAGCCAGUACUGCUAUUCAACUUUUGGAUGACAGAAAAUCUCCAGUUGUUGCAGCUGUAGGUAUCCAGAUGAAACUUGAAUUUUUCCAACGAAAAUUUUGGACUGCAAGCAGACAGUGUGCAUCUCUCGAUGGCAGAUGUGCUAUAAGCUGCGAUGAUGAAGUAAUCAACUGUUACCUAAUAGAUAACAAUGGAUUUAUUUUAGUGUCUGAAGACUAUAGACAGACUGGUUACUUUUUUGGGGAGGUUGAAGGGGCUGUGAUGAACAAGCUACUAACAAUGGGCUCCUUUAAGAGAAUUACACUUUAUGACUACCAGGCCAUGUGUAGAACAAACAAAGAAAGUAGCGACAGUGCCCAUAGCUUACUGGACCCUUACAAUGCCUUCUUUGCUGCAGUAAAAUGGAUUAUGACUGAGCUUGUCUUGUUCCUUGUGGAAUUCAAUCUAUGCAGUUGGUGGCACUCUGACUUAACAGCAAAAGCGCAGAGGUUGAAACAAACCCUAGAGCCCUGUGAUACCGAAUAUCCAGCUUUUGUUUCCGAACGCACUAUAAAGGAGACCACGGGGAAUAUUGCUUGCGAUGACUGUUUCAAGUCUUUUGUUAUCCAGCAAAUUCCAAGCAGCAAUCUCUUCAUGGUGGUAGUGGAUAAUGAAUGCUUCUGUGACUCUGUCCCACCGAUUACCAUGGCACCCAUAGAAAUAAGGUAUAACGAAUCCCUUAAAUGUGAACGUUUAAAAUCUCAGAAGAUAAGAAGACGCCCGGAAUCUUGUCAUGGAUUUCACCCUGAAGAAAAUGCAAGAGAAUGUGGUGGUGUCUCAGGCCUUAGUGCUAAACCUCCUUUUGUUCUUCUUCCUCUGCUAUUGGCAAUCUUCUCAAGGUGACAUUGACUGAUGUGUUCAAUUGACAUGCUAAUACAUGGAUAAACUGUGAUCUGGGAAAUGGUGCAACAUAAAGGACGCGAAAUAUAGUCAGAGCAUCAGCAUUUCAUGAUUUUAAACUGUUGGUGAUAUAAAUUCUUAAAGAUAUGUUGAAAAGAGAUUUAUCUUUUUACUUUGCAAGUCAUGCAGAUGUGAAUUUGGCGUAUGGUAGUCAUGAUUCAUCAGAAAAGGACUUGGUAGAUAGAGGUGACCAUUGCUUUGUCCCAUUGAAAAAAUAUUUAAAACUGUGUACUUUUUCAAUAAAGUAUAUUAAAAUCACA